AUGACGUGGACGACAGGGCUGUGCCCGGUCGUCCCGUCCCCUCCCCCCUUCGCCGUACACACACAUUCCACAGCCCUCGUCUCUCCGAAGCAAGCGCCUGAAAACCGUCUCGUCACUCCUAUAGCUGGAACAUUUGCCUUCGUGGAUAUGGUCGCUGAUAACAACGAGCAAAUUCUCCAUUCCAGUACCAAUGUAGUGAGGAUGGACAUCCUGCCAAAGUCGAUUCUCACUUGUACUGCCACCACUAAUGACUGCAGUUUUCUCACAGAAGAUAUUAUGUCAUCUGACAUCCUCAUUCGGCUCUCUACGCUGGAAACUCAACUGGUGCAUACAAAUGAGAAGGUGAAAAUGCGUGAGCAUGUGAUUGAACAAUUGGAGGAAGAAAUUCAAGCGAAGGAACGGCUAAUCUACGAACAAGGCCAUCUAAUCCACAUUUUGGAGAGUGAAAACAAAUUCGACGAGCAGGCCAUCAUGCAAAGGGACUACGGAGGCGGAGGUCAACGGCAACGUGUUCCGAGUGACAAGGAUUCGGUUAACAGUGACAGCGAAAUAACGAUAAUCGACCGUUUCGCUUCAUCGAGCUCUCCUUGUCAUUCGAAUUCGAACUAUAGCGAUCAAUGUGAUCGAUUACGGGAACGUCUGGAGCAGGCGCUGAUUGAACGCGAGAAGUUGGAGCUACAGAACGAACAACUGUUGAAGCAAUGGGAAGAAGCACUCGAAUAUGUCACGACGGUCCAAAAGCAGCUGCAAGAAGAAAUUCGAAGAAAUACCGAGUUGAAAAACGCACAAAUGGAGGUGGAGAAAAGUCGGCACGAUUCGAUCACCAUCUCAAGAACCACGCUGAAUUUCAUCAUACAAGUCUGGCACCAACUCAUCGACUCCGGAGAGAUGAAAGGCUUGGUGAGCACUAGGGCGGAUUCGAACCUCCGAUCGAUCGUGCAGGAAGCGGAACCUCUAACCGCUACACUACACCCAUCCCGAUGUGAAUUAGACUUGCAAAAACCAUAG